UAAGCACAUUUUACGUAUGGCUGAAAUGCUAUUUUUAAGCACCUGUACGCAUGGCUUUAUGAUGCUGAAAGCUGUAUCCAUAUUUAUGCAAAAUUUACCGGUUCAUUAAAGGCCACUUAAAGAAACUAUCUUGAAUAAACUGAAAGCUGCUAAAUCUACUUAAAGGGAGGGCCCAACGCUAUUCAAACCUGUUCAAGUUACAUUAUUUUGAUGAUGUAUGUCUAAAUAAAUCAUUGUCGAUGUUUAUUUGCAUUUUCCUGGCCGUUUGUUGAUUUUAGAACCACUUUUGUGCGCUUGUGAGUAGGGCUAGAUUAAGCGUCUGCUAUAAAAAGUGACGACAAGUGGCGCCACCCUCCGGUGUGACGUCAUGCCAUGUAUCAUCCGAAACAGCUGACCGCCAUGUUUAGUGCUUUGUGUAUACUGUGCAUAGUUGAGAGUGAAAUCUGUGUCAAAUAUCCGAUAUUUUUAGCGAUCUAUUGUGUUUCUUUUGUUCUGUAUUGGAAUGGCUGAAAAGCCAAAGAGACCGAGAAAGGACGGGGGCACGCGUUGUGCAGCAUGGGGUUGCGAUAAUUCGAAACUGAAGGACAAUAUCGGCGUGUUCGAAUUUCCCUGUAAGAAUAAGGAACCUGAGAGAUUUUCUUGUUGGUGUAAAGUAGUGAAACGUACGCGUAUGGACUUUCGAUACGUCAAAGGAACGUCUAGACUGUGUGCUGCUCAUUUCGAUGACAGUCAGAUUGCUAAUCUGACGAGGAUCAAGUCAAUGAGGGAGGCGGACCCGGAGGCUGCGAGGAAGAUUCCGUGGAGGUUGGCGAGUGACGCCAGACCAAACCCAGCCCUGAUGUCCAAGCGACCGAUACAUGGUACCAGUACAUCAACGCCCACACCUGUGACGCCAGCUGCACCACUUGCAGGGACUGAGGAGACCCCAAGGAGACCCCCGAGGACAAUACCAAGAACUAGGCUUCGGCCUGGGGCAGCCAAGCUGGAGAGGAAAAGGACAGUUCAAGAUGCCAUGAUGGAUGCGACCCCCAUUCUCCCAGUUGAACCCCCAGUAGACUGUGGGACCGACAUGAAUCAGCCACUGCUUGAUGGAGUUGAAUCUGAACAGCAGCCAAAUGAAGUAUCACACUCACAGGUUAGCCAGCUCCAUAUUCACCUGGCACGAAGCGCUAUGAAAAGAAAACCACAUCGCUCCAUCAGGGUCCAGGCCAGGCCUACUACUUUCACACAAGGUACCCAAACAGACAUGCUCCCCACAUGUGUGUGCCAAGCUGAGGGUGGGCGGUCAUCGGAGGUAGAACAGUUGCCCUCUGAGUCUGGGAGAGCUGUGACAGACGUGACACUGACAGAUGAGGAGUCUUUAAUGGACACAGAUGAUGAAUCCACCUAUCCUGAGAAGGAUGAUGACCCAGAUUAUGUCCCAGAUUCCGAUGAAUCCGAAGAGGAACAAGAUUUUCUUGAUGACCCUGUCGAGAAAGAGCAAGAUCCAAUGUCCGAGAAGAAGUACUUGGUAUCUCCAGCUUGAUGUCUUUGUUUGCGACGUGCCCAGUUUGUUGCUCAGUGUCAUCCCGGCAGAUAAAGCAGAUUGGCACCUUCAUUUCUGUACAUCAGCAAUGCAC